AUGGAUGGCCAAGAAUCAUGGUUCGACUGGAAUGCUAUUUUCAAUCCAAAUUUACGCGUGAUGAGAAAAUUGGGUCUAUGGCCAGAGGGUAAACAGUCCUAUAAACUAGACCUUUACACGCUUUAUGCCACCUUAAUGGUAAUAUUGUUCGCCGCCUACCCCACAUUUUCAGAAUACGUCGCUAUCUACUACGUCAAAGACUUGCAGUCGGUAGUUGCAAUUAUAUUCGUAUCUUUAUUCGACCUUAUGGGGCCCAUUAAAAUUUACUUCAUCAUAAGAAAAACGUCCGUGAUAAAAAAGUGCAUGGAAAACUUCAAAUCGGAGUGGUUUCAGCCCAAAAAUCGAGUGCAGAAAAUCAGAAUAGAAGAAAAUUUCAAGCUGUGGAAGUUUGUGUUUAAAUUGUUGUACACCUCUUGCUUUUCGUUGAUCUUUUUCUCCUUCUUGCCGCUCGUUCUAGGCGAAAGAGAAAAAACGCCAUAUGUAAUGUGGCUUCCGUUCAGUUUUGACAGGUCGCCGUAUUUUGAGUUGGUUUAUUUUUAUCAAAUUUUCUGCGCUAUUUAUCUUUGUCUGGUCCAUGUGAGCGUGGACACUACGAUAUUCGGGUUGAAGGUCUGCAUCGGGUGCCAGUUUGACAUGUUAAGUGAUAACUUGAGGCGAUUCGCCAGCGUAGCUGAUAGUAGUCGGAAGUGUACUGCUUUAGAGAAUUUUAAAAACUGUGCAAUUCAACAUAGGGAAAUUUUAAAGUAA